UACAGCUCUCCUACCCCUUGGUAAGAAUGGAUUUCCACAAUUGUCUUUACGAUAUUGCUGAACGUCUGGGCAACGAAGAACUGGCUGCCCUCAAGUUCCUGUGCUUGGACCACAUCCCGCAGAAGAAGCAGGAGUCCAUCAAUGAUGUCCUGGUGCUAUUUCAGAGGCUGCAGGAAGAGGGGAUGUUGGAGGAAGACAAUUUGUCCUUCCUGAAGGAGCUGCUUUUCCAUAUCGGUCGGUGGGAUCUGCUGAGCAGAGUCCUAAAAAGCAGCCCAGAGGAAAUGGUGAGGGAGCUGCAGGUUCUGGGCAAAGCCCAGGUUUCUGCCUACAGGGUUAUGCUCUUUAAGCUCUCAGAAGAAAUGGACAAGACGGAUUUGAAAUCUUUUAAGUUCCUUUUGAUCACUGAGAUCCCUAAAUGUAAACUGCAAGAUAACGCGAGCCUGCUUGAUAUUUUCGUAGAGAUGGAGAAGAGGACUAUCCUGGCGGAAAACAACUUGGUUACCCUAAAAUCAAUCUGUUUCCGGGUCAACAGGAGCUUGCUGGGAAGGAUCGACGAUUACGAACGAUCAAGCACAGAGAGAAGAAUGAGCAUUGAAGGAGGGGAAGAGCUGCCGGUUUCUGGUUUGGAUGAGGUGACCAUCAAAAUGCAGGACAUGUGGGACUCGCCAGGAGAGCAAGAGAGUGAGUCACUAAAUUCAGACAACGUUUACCAAAUGAAGAACAAACCUCGGGGGUACUGUCUGAUCUUCAACAAUAAUAAUUUCAGCAAAGCACGGAAGGACAUACCCAAACUCAGCAACAUGCGGGACAGAAAAGGAACCAACUAUGAUGAAGAGGCUCUGAGAGAGACCUUUAAGGAGCUUCAUUUUGAGAUCGUGUCAUUCAGUGACUACACGGCAAGUCAAAUCCACGAGGUUCUAGUAUCCUAUCAAAGCAAGGACCACAAGGACAAAGACUGCUUCAUCUGCUGCAUCCUAUCACACGGAGACAAGGGCAUCAUCUACGGAACGGAUGGGAAGGAAGCCUCUAUCUAUGAGCUGACAUCUUACUUCACUGGCUCAAAGUGCCCUUCCCUGGCUGGAAAACCCAAAAUCUUUUUUAUUCAAGCUUGUCAAGGAAAUAACUUCCAGAAAGCAGUGCCUGUGCCUGAUGAGACAGGCUUAGAACAGGAGCACGUUUUAGAAGAAGAUUCAUCAUCUUACAAGAACUAUAUCCCAGAUGAGGCAGACUUUCUGCUGGGGAUGGCUACUGUGAAAAACUGUGUUUCCUACCGAGAUCCCACGCGUGGGACCUGGUAUAUCCAGUCACUUUGCCAGAGCCUGAGGGAAAGAUGUCCUCGAGGCGAGGAUAUUCUCAGCAUCCUGACUGGCGUGAACUAUGAUGUGAGCAAUAAAGACAACCCGAGGAACAUGGGAAAGCAGAUGCCACAGCCCACCUUCACACUACGGAAGAAGCUCUUCUUCCCUCCUAACUGAUGUGUGCUCUCUACGGUUUACAUGGGCUAUCUGCACUUUUGUGUGUCCUAACUGAUGUGUGCUCUCUACAGUCCACAUGGGUUAUCUGUGCACUUUUGUGUGGAGGAGAGAAUCUAAUUUAUUUUUUUUACCAUUUCUUUUGUUUUUGAGUUUACAUUUAUGUCAUUUCCCUGUUUUCUCUCUUCAAAUCUUCCUAUGUAAUCUUCCAGUUUCAAAUACAUGACCUCUUUUGUCAUCAAUUGUUGUAUAUGCAUGCACGCACGCGUGCACGCACACACACACAAACUUCUAAAUGUAAUCUACCCAGUCUUUAUACUG